CACUGGGAAGUGGAAAUAUCAAUUCCUAAUUUUAAUUUGAAUUGGCUCUAACAUAGACAUAGCUCUAAUAACUUAUACUUUCCCGUGAAAUUAUAUUAUUGAAUGUAGCUAUUAGCAAUGUUUGAUUUAAAGGCGUGUGUGGUUUGUCUCAGUACUGCUGUGAAGUUUAAUAACAUGGACAGUGGUCAAUUGAGACGAGAAUAUAAUCUUAUAUCUGGACUAAAGACGCAAAAUGGAAAUGGCUUACCAACAUAUAUGUGCAUAGAAUGCACAGCAUAUGUGAAACGGUUUAUAAAAUUUCGGAAUAAGUGCCAAAGGGCCUACUAUACUUUGCUACAGCUAUUAGAAGAAAAUAAAGAGAUAACAGAACCUUUACUCAAUGAAAUUAACAGGAAAAGAAUCAAAGUGAAUCCCUCACUUUCAUAUCUGGACACAAAUAAUGCAAAAGUAAAAUAUGAAAGUGUUAAGUUUAAAUGGGUGAAGGAGAGCCGGGUUCCCACUGAAUCAAAUAACAUCCCAAUAUUGCAAUAUAGUACUAUCUCAGAUGAUGUUGAAUUUGAAGUGCCCACCAAAAGAGCUAAAAUUGAUAAUGAAGUCACAAAUCAAAAUAUCACAUUAGAAUCCAAAGCAGAAAAAGACCUUGACUUGAAUAAAGACGAAACACAUUCUGAUGACUAUUUUGAUAACAAUGAAAUAGAAAACAAUGAUACAACACAAUGUUUUGAUAAUGACAAUGAGGAUGAUGUAGAUGGAUCUAAUCUUGAUGAGGAAUAUGCUAGUGUCGUACCGAUUACUUUAAAAGAAGCAAAGGCAGUGGUUGAAGUGUACAAAAUGUUCUCACAAGGAAAAUUUCAAUGUGAUGUGUGUGGCAAGGCAUAUUAUACUGAAGCUCGGUUGAAAAUUCAUAUGAGGAUGCAUGAUACGCAUACAAGUGGGAAAUUCUUCUGUGACCUGUGUAGUUAUUACUACAAAACAGAAUUUCAACUCAAGACACAUAUAUCGGGAAAGCACAUGUACAAGUAUAUAUGUCGAAAAUGUCCUGAAGUGAGCUUUGAUCGUACCUCAGCAAAACAGCAUUUCAUAUGGACCCACUUACAAAAGGGAUCUAAAAAACAUUCCAAUUGGUACGAGACAAAGCCCUGGACGAAAGGCAAGAAACAGAAGAGCGUGCUAUCGUUACGACCUGUGAGAAAAACUAGAAAACUACCAUCAGACUUCCCCGUUUACUCGCCCAUGAGUCAAGAGGAACAAUAUGAGAUUGUUAAGCAGAGACGUUUGUCGAAAAAUUAUUUGGACUCGGCUUUCAAGUGCGAUCAAUGCUUUAGGGGCUUCCGAGAGUCGAGCACUUACGAGAAUCAUAUGAAAAAACAUGACCCGAACAUAUCAGGCAAGUACCAAUGUGACGCGUGCAAAGUGUUUGUGGUGAACCCGAGGCAAAUGUACAAGCACAUGACCAUGAGCCACCUGUUCAAGUACUCCUGCCAACUCUGCUCCUAUACUUGCUUCAGCCGUGGUCAAGCAAAACUCCAUUACAGAUGGCAUAAAAAUGUGACUUACUCAUGUCCACAUUGCAAGAAGGAAUUUGUCAAAGCCUCAACGCGUUUAACACACAUUCGAAUCAAACACCCGUCGACGUUCAUAUGCACCCUCUGCGGCCAUAGCUUCGUGAGCGAAACGGGCCUGUAUUGCCAUAAGAAAAUUGUGCAUACAAAAGAGGAAAUAGAGGCCAGCGAGCAACGGGAAAUAGAGCCGAACAGCGCCCUCUACUGCGCGGAGUGCGCGCUGCAGUUCCACAACGAGGCGGCGUUCGCCACGCACUUUGGUAGCUCUAACAAGCACGCUGAUACUAAUUUGUCAAUAAAGCCAGUUAAAGCUAAGGACGAGAGGAAAUCCCGCGGCCGGCCGAGACGGUCCAAUUCCAACAUACUCAACAACGGCAUGGCCACGGCUAGCAAUUGUGAAAUCUGCAAAAAGUUCCUAUCGAACGACGUGCAAGCCCGCAAGCACUACGAGUCGGAGCACCCCGGCGCGGACUUCCUCAAGCGCUACAUGUGCGACAUCUGCGGACACACUACACGGCAACACGCGAACCUGAUGGUGCACAUGCGCACGCACACGCUGGAGAAGCCUUACGCGUGCCCGCACUGCGAGCGACGCUUCAGCAUGCCGAGUAAUAGGGAUCGACAUCUUGUGGUGCACACGGGCGAGAAGCGUUUCCAAUGCGAGCAUUGCAACCGUCGCUUCACGCAAAGCAGCGCGGUCAAGCUGCACAUACAGACGGUCCACCUGAAGAUACCGUACGCGCCCUGGGACAAGAAGAACAGGAAGAGGAGGAAGGACCUGGAGGCGACCGCCGCCGUCGCGCUGCAGAAGCCGGAAACGCAGAGCGAAUACAUCAAUGCGUAUAUGUUCAAUUUGUAA